CGACCGAAGAAGACCGGCCAACUCUGGUCACCUGGCAACAGCUGCUAAGCGCUAACGGUAAACAACAUGGCGGCGAUGACCUGAUGGAAAGCUAGCUUUGGCAGGCAUUUACCUUAAACUACGUGAAUUUUUUUGAGACCUUGUAUUGAAUUACGUUGAAAAAAAAUGAUAUGAUUCGUGGGAAUAAAUCUACUGAAAUGGAGAUUGUAUCUAAGCUGAAUACACAGUUAAAUGAGCUAGCUAGCAGACUUUGCUAACCACAAGUAAUAGCGACAGAGUUUGUGAAAAGCAGAGAUUGGAGUGUUCUAUGGGGAGACGAUGGACCGAUUGCUGUGAUUUUCAUUUCUGGAUUAAACGAAUUAGAAUAAGAUGCUCAUGAGGACGUCUCGGGUUAGUUUUGGGUUUUCAGGGGGAAACAAGAGGAUGCUGCAGCUUUGAUUACUGUUAUUGAUCACUGAGGUUGUCUGGUGAGAGGAGAUAGAACGCGUGCUGUUCAAAUGUCGGACUGGAAGCGCAUUUUCGAUGAAAACCGAGUGAUUCCUCCUCCAAGCCAAACAUCCCGGCUAGCACAUGGCCCGAGCCAGGCUUUCCAACUUGUGCUUAAACGACUGGACGGACUUCAAUUAAACCAGGUUGAGGAAGUGAGAUCUGACAGGCUUGAGCUGCGUGUCACUCUGUUUGACAACAGUCUUCAUCGUUUCUUUGGAAGGACAUGGAAAAGCAAACUUCAUCAGGCCACUAAGCAAAAUCAGGAACAACCCAGCAAAGUGCAUUUUAAUGAGGUUGUAUAUUUCCAUACGUCGCUGUGUUUGGCUUCAUUGGUGGCUGUUGUAGAACUGGCUUCGCUCUCAGCUGGGACAGACGCUUCCCAGACUGCAGUGGGGCAGGGCUUUGGUAUCCUGCAGCUCUUUUCUGAACAAGCGCAGGGAGAGGGCAGGUUGAGUCUGUUCCAUGGUACUCCUCGUGCUCUGCUACACCCGACAAUGAGGGACCCACUGCAGAUGAAUGCAGUGUUGUCAGCGAUAGAAGGAACUCAGCUGCUAUAUUAUCUCCAGCCGCAUCCUGCCCUCAAUCCCAUCAUGCACCUACUCCCACCCAAUAUCAUGGUCUCUGGCCAUGAGCUCAUCCCUGGAGUCCUUCCUCCAACUGACAGCACAGGAGAUGCUCUGCACAGACCUCGGCUGAUGCCAGCAUUCUCAUGCGUGCUGAAUAGUGUGUGUGUGUCUCUCGCGCCCUCCGUCCAGGCCUUCGAGGCAGAUUUGUUAGAGAGGCUCAACAAUGAUCGCAACACCACGGGAAUGGGUGCAGAGGUGCCUUCAGUGGUGGUGCAGGAGAGAAGGCUGCACGUUGGUGUCCAUAACGGCCUGGGCUGGGUGGAUGGACCUCAGUUGAUGGUGCUAGAGACCAGGUCUGAAGGAAGCACUGGCCUCAAACAGAGCUCGACAGAAACAAACAGCGCUGUCCUGAUGCUACGUGGUAACGUGGAGCUGAGAAUGAUAAGGCACCCAGCCUUCAGCUUGGUCUUCCAGCUGGAAUAUGUCUUCUCUGUUCCCAUUGCAGGAGACAAGAAGACGUCCUCCAUGGCCAUGCAGCGGGCAGUAUUUAUGCAGUGUGCGCGCUGGGGUGUGUGGAGUCCUUUCUCUGAUCCUGAUGACCCUCAUCAAAGUGUGUGUGUUAGCCUGCAGGGCGGCGCCCUACCAAACCCCUAUGGACUUAUGGUUUACACAGCACACACACAGCAGAAAGAUGCUGAAAGAAGUGUCAUCAAAUUCAAGUUUAUGUACAAUACCGAAUGUGCCACAUCCAGUACGAUGUUAAAAUCAGACUCCCAGGAAAAGCCUCAGACUAAGGUGUGGCAGGUCACACCCCGUGAUGAAAGCAAGUUUGGACUUGAAGCUUCACCACUGCGCACCACUCGUGGUCCCGGACUCUCGCUCUCUCAGCUGGCUGUGCCUUCGCACUUCCCAACUCGGAGCCACACGGCAGGGUCGCCAUGGCAACAGCAGCUUCCCGCUCCACUCGCUCUCUCCCCGAUGCCGUCGGCCCACCAGCUGUCACACGUCGUACAUUCACCUGUAGGCAUAGCCCACCUUGAAGUCAGUGCGAUGGAGAGAGAGGGAAUGAGGGAUGCCCCAGAGGAAGAGUGUGAUCUACAUGAACUGACCUUCACCCCUGUCCAUGCUCCUGUCAUCACAAUGGGAACACACACAACUGGCUCUAGCAGGACGAGUUCUCGAGGUUUCCUCGCUCAUCUCUUCUCUUCCCGCUUCCCUGAAAUCCGUGACGAACUCAACCAAGUGGCUGAGCUUAUGGACCCUGAGGAGCCGGUGAACUUUGACCCCCACAGAGAAGAGGCAGAUCCAUUGCAGGCCAAUACACUCCUUCUCCAGUUCCUGGCUUUUAGCAGGGUCCAUCAGGCUGGAGUGAAUACGGAAUCGCCGAGCACCGUACAUUUUACCUUUCAGCUGUACCGCUUCCCUCCCGUCACCACACAACGCCUCAGGCUUGUGGCUUUCGAUGCCAGUUCGAGACCUGAUUACCCCUGCAUUCUGUCUGUUACUAACAAGGAUGGCAGCAUUGGAUCAGGUCCUCCCGGACUGCACUUGAAGUAUCGUGUCGAUCCUGCCUUCCUCAAGCCUGGCGAGCGUAUAUGGUUCCUCCGCUACCUGGCACUGCACACAAUGCACAUAGACGUGUGGGACAGCGACUCGCUACUGCUCAUCGGCUCUGCCGCCGUUCCGCUCAAGCAUCUGUUGCGUCAGGGUCGAACCGCUGUGCAGGUGAUUCAUGAGCUGGAGGUCAUUAGCACUGAGUACCAGCAGGAUGCCAGUCUGGCAAGAGAUCAUGGAGGUGGGCAGAGGGCCAUAUCUGCCAUGAGUGUCCACACCAUUGUCAAAGGCAGGCUGUUUAUCCGACUCGGCAACAUCGGUGGUGUGGUGGAGAAAAACCCAAACCCGUCUGUUCUUCUCCCUCCAUCUCGCUCUCAUGUCAUUCAGCCCAGCCAGACUCCCACAGGCUUUCAAGGAGGCAGUCUGUCCUCAAACGCCACCCACAAUCUCGCCGCACGGAGCACAAAGCGGGCCCAGCGUUUGCCAGAUAUCGAUGGCGAGUUGGCUAGUCUCCUGCAGAUUCGGAUGAAAGAAGUGGAUAGUGUCUGGUUGCAGAGUCGAGGUGAAACCGAGGAAGUACGUCAGAGGAAGAUUGACAGGAUGGCAGCUGUCCGUCAACAUGAAGGACACACCACAUACAAAACACAUGAGAAAUCCAGCUACAUGAAGAGAAAGGAGGAUCAUUCUCAGGACCUGCGAUUAAUAGAGGCCUAUCGAGAGCGCUGCAAAGUGGAGGGAAUCAUUAAUAUGCUCAGCCAAGCAAUCACCACCACACACACAAUCUACGCUACGCUCGGCACUGCCGAAUUCUUUGAGUUUGUGCUUAAGAACCCUUUUAACAUUCCUCAGACGGUCACAAUUGAGUGUGAAGACCCUGAGCUUAGUGUUAUAGUGAACGCUGAGGAAUGGAGGUAUUUUAAAGACAUGACCAAGACAUGCACGCCAUUGGAGGUGGAGAUGUUUCACAUGAAGGAAGACGGCUCGACACCUCAGGUGUACUUGCGGCCCAGAGAGAGCGUCCACAUCCCUUUCAAAUACCAAAGCUUUGUCUCUGGGCAUGCACUGCUUUCUCAGGGCUCAAAGACUUCCACUAGUCUUCAUCUCGCUCAGCCCCAGCAGUCUAACACAGUGAGGGCUAAAUCCAUCAAGGUGUUUUUCCGAGCAGCGGACAGUCAGCCGCUGGCCGUCUGCCAGGUGAGAGUGGAGCCGACUCCCCACAUCGUCGACCAGACCUUUCGCUUCUAUCAGCCCGAGCUCUCCUUCUUUAAGAAAGCCAUCCGGCUGCCUCCUGCUGAACCUGGCACACCAGAUGCUGGUUCCAGGCUCCAGGUGCGCUGCAGUGACCCCAAUGUGAUCUGCCAGGUCAUCGCCACGGCCCCAGGAGAACCUCAGGACAUUUAUCUGAAAGUGCAAGGAGCUCCCAGUCCACAGAUUAAGACAUUCGUCAUCAGCGUAUUCGAUGAUCCCUGGCUGGCUUCUCCCACUCAAACGUGGCAGGUGUACAUGCAUUACCUACAAAAAAUGGACGUUAGCUGUGUGUGUGGUUCUCUCAGCUGGCACUCCCUGGUACUGCGUGGCACACAGAGCAUCCGCAAGGUCAAGUGCUACACCUCCCACCCUCUGGAGCUGCAGGUGGACCCAGAGGGAGUGUUUGCGCUUCCUGCUCUGUGUGUGCAGGACAUUAGGCUGGGAGUGAAGGCUCUGCACUCUGGGAACUGUUUCCGCUACCUUAAUGUGGUGGAUGUGGACACGAGGCAGCUGGUGGCAUCCUGGCUUCUGUGCCUCACCUGCAGGCAGCCUGUUAUUUCACGGGCCUUUGAGAUCCAAGUGCCUGUAGAAGGUGGACGAGGCAGCAAUAAGAAGAUCAGCUUCACCAAUCCCUAUCCUGCUAAUAAAGGGUUCAGGCUGUGCUCGGACCAUCCAGACCUGCUGCAGUUCAAAGAGGAAAAGUUUCAGGUUGAAGGAGGUGCGAGCUACAACAUCGGGUUGCGUUUUGCUCCCAGUCAGAGCGCAGGUACCGAGGAGAUCCUCAUCUUCAUCAAUGACCUGGAGGAUAAAAACGAGGAGACAUACUGCAUCAAAGUUGUCUACAGAUAACACACACAAACCGGCACAUGAAGCUGUGCUGUGUCAUCAUCUUCAUCAUCAUCGUCACCAUAGUCAUCUUUUUGAAUUGGUCAUAUUUUUCUUUUAAAGAAGAUUCAGCUGUGAUGAAACCUGAUUUAUACAUACAGCUUAGAUUACAUCCCCAGAUAUAUGAAUGAAUCACUAUUUACACACAGGAAACAGAUGUAAGGCUAGCAGAAAGGUGAUAUAUAUAUUUUUUUAAACACACAAAUGCAUAUGGAUGACACCAGCGAGACCUGAGCACGCAUGAAGAUGCUUUACUGAGGAAGAGAUGUAAUAGAAAUCCUCAAUUCUCAGCAUAUAUACACUGAAUAAACACUGAAAUCUGCAGCAGAAGGCUGUUCAUACCUUUUGUGCCUUCUGUAGCCCUGUUUGAAAUAUUUUUCCUGACUUCCCACACUAAGAUUUUAUAGACAGAUUUUCCCCAGAUGUUCAGAUUUAACUGUGAAUUUUCUAUACUUCAUAAUUUUCAUACACCUCUUUUUGUUUGACGGACAGCUUGAUUUAAUGACAGGAAAUUCAAAUUCAAAUUAGGAUGUUGGAUGUUCCCUCGGGCCGACUCUCAGAAACGAAAGUGUAUUCAUUCCCUAAAUGGGGCACAGUGGUUUAGUGGUUAAGAUGUUUGCCUUUCUCCUUGUGCACUGUGUUUCUUCUGGGUGUUUAGGUUUCCUCCUCAGUCCAAAGACAUGCCUUGAGGGCUGAUUUGCCAUCUUUAAAUUGUCUGUAGUGUGUAAUUGUGUGUGUGUGAGCCUGUGCUCUGUGAUGAAUUGAUGCCCUAUUCGGCGUAUCUCCUGCCUUGUUCCCUGAGUGCCCAGGAAUAGACUGCAUGUUUCCCGCGAUUGUGUAGGAUAAGCGCUACAGAAAAUGGAUGGGUGAUUUCCAUAGUUCACAUGAAUAUGCAUGCUUAGAUACAUAUUUAAAGCAGCAACGUUGUAGUCAUCAACAAACCUUAUCAGGACCUCGCAGAUGUUCAGAACCAGAGGUCAAAAAAUUCUGUGUGUCUUACCAGGUGUCUAAAAUGUCUCGUGCAUUCAUUUGCUGAACAAGCUCGCUAACUAUCUUAUCCAGCUAUACAGUACAUGUACAGUGCACGCUCACAACUUUCCCUUUCUCCUUAAACCAUGAAACCUUCUGAACAUAAUCCACUUUAACCAACUAACUACAAAGAAACACAUCAGGACAGCUCACUUCAGGAAAAAAUUGAAAUCUGAUCUUUAUGAUUGGAUGGUGACAAUCAUUUACGCAUUCAUUCAUUAAGUUAUAUAUCGAAUUUCUAACCUUAACUCAAUGGCUUUACUUCUCUUUAGAAUCGUAUGUGUUCAUCUAAGCUUGUUAUACCAAUGACUUUUUGUAAACCUUAAUCAUUUACAUUUUCCUUAAAAUAACAUAAUUAUCCAUCCAUUUCUCUUAUUCAAUCAAAUGCUACCUACUGUAUACGGAAAUCCCAAACCUCCUGGAGAAAGAAAUCCUCUUUAUUCUGAGUUGAGAACAAAGUCAGAACAUGUUGUGCCUGGUCAGUGUUGAGCUAAAGCACCAGCAGUGGGUUGCCAUUUCCCUAUUGAGAUCGAGGGUGUCACUUGCAGAGAUUGAGCACACUCUAUACAGAGCUCGGGGAGUUUUUCAGUUUAACGGAGGCAGACGCAGUGGACUUUUGUGCUUGUUCACACUGAGCUGAACCUCCUACAGUGGGUCAUUAUCACCACGGUUCAGAAAAGACACUGUUCUCCCAAAGCGACCGCUCCAGCUUUCUACUACAUACACUCUGAGGCCUUCUUGAGUAAAACAUGCUAUCUGUGGACCUGAUUCACUAAAGCCAUCAAUAUGCACGGAUCUGCCAGUAGUCAGUGAUUUGGCAGCAAUUCAAAAACUUUUUCUAUAUUUAUUUAUUACAGAAAUCCUUAUAGAAAAUAACACACAAGGAGGACCAGAGUUAUUUGUUUGUAUUUAGUGAUGCUGAACAUCCUACAGUAAAUUCUACUUCUGUUUCCACUGUGAUUAUGCAUGAUGGGAAUUUAUAUAAGAACACAAAAUUUGUAAUGGGAGAAAUACAUCGUCUGAUCUGAGGGUUAGAACCAAAAAGGCUAAUCUACAUGUUAACAUGUCCUGCACAGCGUGAGAACAAAUCUACUAAGUGCACACAACAGGAAAAGUAAGAAAUGCACCAGUUUCAGUCCUUUGGUGUGGUGAAAUACUUUUGGCUGGGAUUACACGCACCGUUUAAGCACUUACGCUUGUGAGAACACUAUUUGUUGGUAACUGCAAAAGCAUGAAUGCCAAGCUUGAAAACUACACGAUAACCGCAGCCAGGAAUUUACCUAGGUGUUAAUUUUUCUCAGGCAAACACUGAAAAACAGUGACAAUGGAAAUAUGGUGAAAAUAUAUCGAGAAUCUCAAAAUUGUCCUCAGAUAUGCUGGUAAAUUGCCAAGAAAAGACUCAAUACUAUAACAUGGAAUUACACCUUAGCGUCUACUACAAAUCACAAACUUGUAAAUUGUAAUUAUGAUAAACUUUAAAAAAGAGAUUUUGCUGUUUUAGACUUUUUUGUUACAUUUUGUUCUCGUGUUUAUUGAUACCAUUUAAUGAUCUUUAAAUGUUAGCAAGAAAACAGCAUAAAGGGGGAUAAAAAAAAAGGGAUAAGAACCCUGCCUUGAGAUUAAGCCCAUACAUGCAUAUUGACAAAUGUUUUGAAGCUUGUUGUAAUAGCUGUAAUAGCUUUUGCUUUUUUUGUUGUAUUCUGCUUUGUUCUCCCUGAGCUAAAAGUAUCUGACCAGACAAAGCAUGGGAUUUUUGGCUUUCGUGAAAAUGUGCAAAUGUGAAAUCUCAUUAGACUUGCAGAAGCAGCCCUGGUUGUACUAACACAAUUAUAGAUUUCACUCAGAGCAACAUUCAAUGGUCUGAUCGUUCUUAUUGGGUCACUUAAAAAAAAAAAUCCAAGUGUUAAGUUUCUUAACAAAAUAAAAUGUUCCAGAAUAA